AUGAGUCUGAGCCCGGAGGAAGUGGAGAAGUUUCUGGACAGCAAUUUUGCCUUUGCUAAGGAGUACUAUGACCUGACGAUACAUCCCAAAAAUGUUUCCAAUCACAUGGAGGCGCAGGUAUUGCCUGUGGACAUCAGCAAUUACAGGGAACUGGACUGCGUGGAGGAGAGCGAGCUCAUUUUUGAGCUGAUUCGGGAAUUGCAGGACGUCAACCCGGAGAGGACGGUCUUCAACUGCCUGCGGAAAAUUGCGUUCCUCAUCCAAGCCGAUCGCAUCAGCUUGUUCAUGUACCGAGCCAGGAACGGCACUCCCGAGCUUGCUACCAGGUUCUUCAACAUUAACAAGGAUGCUGUCUUCGAGGAAUGCUUGGUGGUACCGGAAUGUGAAAUCGUCUUCCCUCUGGACACCGGGAUCAUUGGCCAAGUGGCUCAAACCAAGAAAACAAUCAAUGUCGCUGAUGCCUCCAAGACCAGCUCCUUCAGUAAUUUUGUGGAUGAGCUGACAGAGUACCAGACAAGGUGCAUGCUGGCUACCCCAAUCAUGAAUGGGAAGGACGUGGUCUCUGUUAUAAUGGCGGUGAACAAAGUGAACGGACCAUCUUUCACCUCGAAGGAUGAAGAGGUUAUGUUAAAGUACCUGAAUUUUGUCAACCUGACACUCAAAGUCUACCAUCUGUCUUACCUCCACAGCUGCGAGACCAGACGAGGGCAGGUUCUUUUGUGGUCUGCGAGCAAAGUAUUCGAAGAGCUGACUGAUAUCGAACGACAGUUCCACAAAGCCCUUUACACCGUACGGGCCUUUCUCAACUGCGAGAGGUACUCUGUGGGGCUGUUGGACAUGACAAAGGAAAAGGAAUUUUUCGAUAUCUGGCCGGUGCAGAUGGGUGAAGUACCACCUUACACUGGACCGAAGACUCCAGACGGACGGGAAAUAAACUUCUACAAAAUUAUUGAUUACUUGCUUCACGGAAAAGAGGAAAUCAAAGUCAUUCCGAACCCACCUGCAGACCACUGGGCCCUGGUUAGCGGGCUCCCAACGUACGUGGCUGAAAAUGGUCUGAUAUGUAACAUUAUGAAUGCUCCCGCAGAUGAGUUCUUUCAAUUUCAGACAGAGCCAUUCGAUGAUUCAGGCUGGUUGAUGAAGAAUGUUCUCUCAAUGCCAAUAGUGAACAAACGGGAAGAAAUUGUAGGAGUCGCCACUUUUUACAACAGGAAAGACGGAAAACCCUUUGAUGAAAUGGACGAAACCCUGAUGGAAUCCAUGACCCAGUUCCUGGGAUGGUCCGUUUUGAAUACUGAUACGUACGACAAAAUGAACAAGCUGGAAAAUAGGAAAGAUAUUGCCCAGGGUCAGGUGAACUAUCAUGUCAAAUGUUCCAAAGAGGAGAUACAGAACAUACUGAAAACCAGGGAGAUCUUUGGUAAAGAACCGCAGGAUUGUGAGGAAGACGAACUCCAUCAGAUUCUGAUUAAUGAACUCCCAGAUGUCAACAAAGCGGAAAUCUACUAUUUUCACUUUUGUGAUUUUGAAUGGUCGGAGCUAGAGCUGGUGAAGUGUGGGAUUGCGAUGUACUUUGAACUGGGUGUGGUGGACAAGUUCCACAUACCACAUGAGGUGCUGGUACGAUUUAUGUACAGUCUGAGUAAAGGAUACAGAAAAAUCACCUACCAUAACUGGCGCCAUGGUUUCAAUGUUGGACACACAAUGUUUACACUGCUCAGAACCGGAAAUCUAGAACGCUACUAUACCCACCUGGAGAGGUUUGCUAUGCUAACAGCUGCAUUCUGUCACGAUAUUGACCACAGAGGAACCAAUAAUCUCUAUCAACUGAAGUCACAACAUCCAUUGGCUAGACUUCAUGGGUCCUCCAUAUUGGAACGUCAUCACUUGGAGUUCAGUAAAACUCUGCUUCAGGACGAGGAUUUGAAUGUCUACCAGAAUCUCAACAGAAGACAGUAUGAACAUGUCAUUCAUCUGAUGGACAUCGCUAUUAUUGCCACAGACCUGGCAUUGUAUUUCAAAAAGAGGACCAUGUUUCAGAAAAUCGUGGAUCUAUCGGAAUCCUACGAGGAUGAAUCAAAAUGGGUGGACUUUAUGAUGUUAGAAACAACCAGGAAAGAGAUAGUCAUGGCCAUGAUGAUGACAGCUUGCGAUUUGUCUGCCAUCACCAAACCUUGGGAGGUGCAGAGCAAGGUGGCUCUCUCUGUGGCAGCUGAGUUUUGGGAACAGGGUGACUUGGAAAGGACUGUGCUGGAGCAGCAGCCUAUACCAAUGAUGGAUAGAAACAAGGGGGCCGAACUUCCAAAGCUUCAAGUGGGUUUCAUCGACUUUGUGUGCACGUUUGUGUAUAAGGAAUUCACCCGAUUUCAUUCCGAGAUUCAGCCCAUGCUUAGCGGGAUACUCAACAACAGGAAAGAGUGGAAGGAGCGGGCAGAUGAGUACGAGGGGAAAGUAAAAGCCAUCGAAGCAGAGAAGAAGCAAAAGGAAGAGGAACUUGCAGCAAAACAAGCGGCUGCAGCAGCAGCUGCAGCACAAGCUUCUCAGUCCAAGACGUGCACUCUCUCUUAACUAAAGGCCUGAGGAACUGCACACUCUUAUUAGCCCCAAACCGCAAAUUGCUCAAGAUGGGGGCUCAGGUAAUAGAAGAGACGCUACUACGAAAAAAAAACAAUUACUUUAGAGCUUAUAUUGAAGAGUAAAGAGAGUACGUAUUGAUUUGUGAGAGGGAAUCGGGAGCUUCUGAUUGUAAUGGGAGCGUCAGUUGACUGUGCUGCUUAGGAUCUUUGUCAUUUACAUCUUUCGUAAAGAACUCCAGGACAGAUUCCGUCACCAUCAUACCUCACCACAGACUCUCACAAACAAUCAAGUGUACAAGAGCCAAUGUACAACCUAGGGCUCGUUAAUCAACUGUCGUAAUAUAGUGUGACUGACAUUAACGCUGUUGCUUACUCUAGUGAAUUGAGGAGGUUUAUAGAAAGACCAUUUGGCUGCUUAGCUGUGCUACCUGGUUUCCCAAAGAGCUCAGAUAAGGCAGAGCUUGUUUUGCUCAGUGUUACUGAUCGCAGAGUGUAGAGAUAUUUUGAAAAAUAUUGAUUAUUAGGUCAUAGGGAAAUGUCACACAAUCUUAAUGGCACUUGUUAGAUUUCCUGUGACAUUUUAUUGUAUCGAUUGAUUUUUCCUUUUUCUACUGAACCUCCAAUGGUAAGGCUGACCUAGUUUUAUAUAGUUAAGCUUGACCGGGUUUCAGUGAGAGGCAAUAUUCUCUUUAUCUUCAUCGCUGAAUAGAUACAUCGUCACACAACUCAUUACACUGACCUACACACACUCUGAAUAUACCGCCAGGAUCAGCCCUUCCUACACCCGAUAUCAGCAGAUUGAGAGUGGAGUGAGGAGUAAAAGCUGUUACUCAGAGAAUUCUUAUGAAUCUCACAUCCUCAGUGUUCCUGUGGCCCCCUCUUUCUGUAUCAUACCUUCAAUACUCAAUAAAUCAAUACCUCAUAAAUGAACAUCGUUUUAUUCAUUAAA